AUGGCCGUCCCUGGUACAACGAUAUCAAGGAAUUUCUCAAAACAGGGUCCUAUCCAUCUGGGGCCGAUACGACUGCCAAAAGCUUCUUGCGUAGAUUAUCAUCUAAAUUUUCUUGAAUGGAGAAGUAGUAUACAAAGAACGUCAGAUUUGGGUCUUCUGAGGUGUGUUGACGAGGAUGAAGCAGAACAUCUGAUGAAAGAAGAAAUGCAUCAAGUGUCAAUUGCAUGGAGAUGUUAUGCAUCCUCCCCCUACAGAAUUACACAGUAUGACUGCUCCAUGGCCAUGUUCAAUGUGGGGCAUGGUGUGAUUGGAGCCAUUGACCCUCCCGCUUCAAAUGGGCAUCGGUUUAUUCUGGUGGCAAUUGAAUACUUUACCAAGUGGGUCGAAGCUGAGUCUUAUAAGCAUGUGACUAAGAAGGUGGCCACAGAUGAAUGGAGCAGUAGAGGCUGCAAUAAGAACUUGAAGAAAAUAAUCCGUAAGAUGAUUGAGAGACAUCGUGAUUGGCAUGAAAAGCUCUCUUAUGCAUUAAUGGCAUAUAGGACUGUUAUUCGGACUUCUACUGGGGCAACUCCCUACAAUCUCAUGUACGGUAUGGAAGCAGUUUUACCAGCCGAAGUCGAAAUCCCUUCUUUGCGCAUUUUAAUGGAAGCCAAGCUGGAGGAGGCCGAAUGGAUGCAACAACGUCAUGAGCUGUUGUCUUUAAUCGAUGAGAAAAGGUUAAAUGCCAUUUGUCAUGGUCAAUGCUAUCAAAAAAGGGUAGCCCAUGCUUACAAUAAGAAGGUCAGACAGCGGAUAUUCACCGAAGGAGAUAAAGUGCUGAAACACAUUUUGCCAGUACAAGAGGAAGCUAAGGGGAAAUUUGCACCAAAUUGGCAAGGCCCUUUUAUUGUUCAGAAAGUUCUACCCGGGGGAGCGCUCAUUCUCGCAGAAAUGGAUGGGCAAGUGUUCCCUCAACCAAUCAAUUUGGAUAUGUGUAAGAAAUUUUUCAUAUGA